AUGCCUCCAGGGCCUUCACCCAGAAAAAGAGGUCGUGGCGGAGGUGGUCCUUCAGUUCGUGGAGCCAAAAAUGCGCCCAGAAAGUCGCAUGGACAGAGAAAAGUUUACAGAUCUUUCAUUUUUCCGAAAAGAAAGAAAAUUUAGCACGUUCAAGAGGCCGUAGAAGAAAAGGCGCAGGCAGAAUGGGACUUUUCGCAGUUCGAAAAAGAGCCGACGAGCGCUGAAGACUUAGAACUUAAUAUGAUCAAUUCGAAAUUGCUUAAAGAACCUGAAGAGGAAGAAUUUGAGGAUAUUCCGACGGCGAGAGACGAACUGCUUGAAAUACAGCUUUCUGAAGUAUCAGGAAUAAUCUUAGAAGCGAGAUCAUGAGUUCUUUUUCAGAAAUACCAAAGAGCCCACCAUCUAUAUGAAAAUUUCCUGCAAAUUUCGACGGUUGGCGAUAUCGCGGCGAUUUAUCGAAAUCGAGCGGUUUGGACCAAUUUCACUUUGGAAGAGUUGGUCCCUCCGGCGGCUAAUAUUUUCUAUGCCGUACCUUCGACAAGGUGGAUUUUAAGCCAAAAAAAAAUUUUUUCAGAUCUUAAAAAAUGCAGAAGACUUGUAUACCUAAAAUACCAGAGAUAAAGGUUAAAAAAAAAUUUUUUUAAAUAUUUUUUUCUAUGCGUCUUCAAAAAUCUUCAGUAACAGCUUUGAGCCAAGGAAAAUUCGAUAAAAUACGUUCGAUUAUGGAUUGAAAAAUUUUUUUCUGCCAUCUCUUUUUUUCAAAUACUUUUCAGCUUUUUUUGAAAUUGCACUAUAUUUUUUUCCUAUGCUCCAAAUUUUUUUAUUAGUUCCAGCUUUAAAAAUUUCUUCUAGAAUGUCAAAAAAAUCAAAAAAACUCUGAUUAGGCUUUUUAUUUGCAAAAAAACUGCCUAAAAUAGAAAGUUUUGGUUUUCUUCGUUUUUGGACAUUUUUUUGAUUUCUAGAAGCCUAGUAGCUGUUAUUAUUGCUAGUUUUUUUUGUUAAAAUUCAAAAAAAUCGUUGAAAAAAAGCCUAGAAAACUUAAUUUUUCCGUGAUUUUUUUGGCAUAUUUUGAAUUUCAUACGCUUUGUCAUUCAAUUGGUAAAAAAAUAAAUUUCGCCUUCUAAAAUUAUUAUUUUUUUGUACAGUUCAGUGAUUUUUAACCUUGUUCAGCAAGGCUUUUUUUCGAAAAGAAUAUUCAUUUUAAUAAAUUCCCAGGCCGGCCGUUUUUUUACUACACGGGGAUGUUGAUUCACGAAGUCACUCAUUUGUCUUUUUAAUCGGAGGGAAAAUCCGCAGUUUGGUAAUGAAAAAUUUGAAAAAAAUUAUAAAAAAAGCGAAUUUUUCAGCCGUGGAGUUUGCCGUUGAAAAAAAGACGCCGUGGUCCAACUUGUGGCCGUUUUUUUGAAAAGUAUUUGAAUGAUACGGCGAGUGUCAGAGCGGCCACGGAGCUUCUGACGGUUGGUUUUCAAUGAAAAUUGGGUUUGAAUGAUUUUUUUCCGAAGAAAAUGUGUUCAAAAAUAAUUUUGUUUUUCAUUAAAAAAAUCUGUUAGAAAGGCUCCUUUUUCCUAGAAAAAUUAAAAAGAUUUAGAAUUUUUUUAUUGAAAAAGAUGUUAAAAAUGACCGUUUUGUGAAGAAAUUUCGAUGAAAACAGCUUUCCUUUAUUGAAAUUUCGCUUAAAAUUGGUUUUUUCUCAUUGAAAAAAAGGGUUGAAAAUGGCUUUUUUUGUAAAAUUUAGCUGAAAAUUAGUUUUUUUGAACAAAUUUCAUGAGGAGAUGGCAUUUUUUUCUGUAGAAAUUCAAUUCAAAAUUGUGGUUUUUGAUAAAAUUCAGUUGAAAGUUGUACUUUCCUGUAGAGUUUAUAGAUGAAAUUUGUAAUUUUAAAAAAAUUAGGUUGAAAAUUGACAUUUUUUUGUGGAAAUUCAGUUGGAAAUUGUAGUUUAUUGAAGGAAUUUUUGUAGAAAAAUGACGUUCCUUGUUCAAUUUUUGCCGAAUUGGUUUGAAAAAUUUAAGUUUUUCUGAAGGAAAUUUCGCUGAAAAUGCCGUUUUUUUCUAGUGGAAUUCUGAUGAAAUUGCUUUUUUUGUUGAUCACUGCUUUUUUUCUGUAAAAUUUAGCUAAAAAAAUUUAUAGUUUUUUUGAACAAAUUUCCGGAGGAAAUAAUUUUUUUCUGUAGAAUUUUUGAUUCAAAAUCGUGUUUUUUUAUUGAAAUUUAGUUGAAAAAAAUGUACUUUCUUAUAGAAAUUUCAGUGGAAGUUCUUAGUUUUUUUAAGAAUGUUCAUAUUUUUUUCGCUCAAAUUUUUGAUGAGAAUAGCUUAUUUUGUAGAAAUUUUGCUGAAAAAUUAUUAUUGAAAGUAUGUUUUUUUCUAAUGAUAUUCUGUUAAAAAAAUCGUAGUUUUUUUGGAGAAAAAAAUUAUUGAAAUUGACUUCUUUUUGUAGAAAUUAUGUUGAAAAAUGGCUUUUUUUCGUUGUAUAUUUGUUAAAAAAAUGUUUUUUUGUUUCGUGGAAAUUCUGCUCAGAAAACAGUUUUUUUCAUUAAAAUUUAGUUGAAAAUGGCUCUUUUUUUAGUUUCAGAAGUUACCUUAUAAUAGAAUUUCAGCAUAGAAAAAAAGAUUACAAAUCUUCUUUCCCGACAAAAAUUCAAAAAAAUGAACUUUUUUUCACUAUCAAAAACUUGAAAACUCCAUUAUUUUUUUCCUUUCCAGUGGUCCUGCGGGCUGACCUCGGAGCUGAGCAUGCACAACAGCGGGCGGCCCUGCGCCCUGCAGGCCGGCCCGGGCGCCGAGAACCUCCUGGAGGUGUUCAUGUCCUGCGAACCCAUCGCCGCCCUCAUCCGAAUCACCGACCUUUGCGUCCAAUUCCUCAUCGAUCGGGUCCCCGAAAAUUGUAUGAAAAUGCUCUUCGAAGCCUCUCGCCAUGGGGCGCACUUCAACUGGGUCUGGCUUCAUAUCGUGUGGGUUUUUGAGGAAAUGGAGCAAAUCUAAGCUCUUAAACAAGAUGUUUAGGCCAGGUACCUGAUUUUGUGGGUUUGUGAGUAGAUGGAAAAAAAAAAACCUAUGGCUUUUAAAGGUUUUAAAAAAGGUUUACAGCCCUGGCUCUGGAUUUUGUGGGUUUUUUAGUGGAUGGAAAAAAAUCCAUGACUUGUAAAGGUUAAAAAAAAGAUUUUUAGCCCUGAUUUUGUUUUCUAUGUGCUUUUGGAGCUAGAUAAAAAUGUUAAAACUAGAAUUUUAGGCUAGGUACCGGAUUUUGUGGGUUUUUGAGAGAUUAAAAAAAAUUUAGGGCUUGGUAUAGCUUUCAAAGAAGAUUUUUAGGCUUUGCUUCGUUUUUUGUGUGCUUUUGAAGCUAGAUAAAAAUGUUGAAACAAGAGUUUUAGUAGUAAAAUGGACAUUUCUUUAAAUUUUUUCAUGAUUAGAAAGAACCAAACCCUUGAUAACCCUAUGGAAGAGGAAUGUUAGAAGAGAUUAUUGAAAUUUUUCGACUAAAAUAAGGAGAAUACACGUUUUUAUCAGGUGAUGAUCCAUUUGUUAAGGAAAUUUAAUGAUUUAGAAGCUUUUUAAUCGUUUAAAAACCAGGAUUAUUUGUUUUAAAUUUUUAAAAAAAUAGCCAGUUUUUGGACUAUGCCAUUUUUUUAGAAUUUUUAAAACUAUAGAUAUGCGAUUUGUUAAGAUUUAUGUUUUUAUGAAUUUUUUUGAGUGAAAAAAACAAUUUUUAAGCCUUAAAAGAAGAGUUUUUUUGAUGUAAAAUACAGGAUUUUUCAGAAUUUUUUUCAAGAUUUAAAGAACCAAACGCUUGAUAAUCUUGUGGAAGAGGACUUUUAGGAAUUGAUAAUGAAUGUUAUUUGGAUUUUUUUCGACUAAAAUAAGGAGAAUACACGUUUUCAUCAGAUGUUGGUUUGUAUUUUUGCGGGUUUUUUUGAGUUAUUAGGAAAAAUCUGUUUGAGAACCUUCUGAAAAAAAAUUUUUUUAUGUCUUAAUAAGGGAAAUUUCUAAAAUUUUUGACCAUCAGGCUUCUUGGAAAACGCUUUAAUUAGCCUUGGCUUCAUUUUUCGUGGUUUUUUGAAGGAUUGGGAUGAUUUUGAAGCUUUGAAAGUUGAAGAAAAAAAUAGUUUUGAGUGCGAAAUGCAAAGAAAAGUGGUUUUGUAGCUUUACGAACAUGUGAAUUAAUUUGAAUACUAUUCUCAAUUUUUCAAGGCUUUUUUUUUGCAGUAGAAGCUUCCCCAGCUUGAUAGCCGAACAUUUGCUGGCGACCGGCGCCGAACAGUUCAAAAUCUACGUUGAAGACAUCGCCCUCAAGAAGAAAUCUCAUCAAGUUUACAAUGAAAAUCUUCAAUUUUCUGAUUUUUGAUCCGUUUAGACACAGCCCCAAGUGAUCAGCACGAUCCAUUCGGAAUAUCAGACAAAGUUCCUGGCCAUUUCCGACGUUUUCAAUUUUCUGAUGCGAAAAAGGAGUCCUGAACUGCAGGAUCUUGUGACGAACAUGUUGAAGGUGACUGGAAGUGGCCACUUGAGUGGCUCCUCGAGGACACUGAAGUGACCACUAAGAGCACCUCUAUAGAAGCCACUAUAGUAGUCCCAUUUUUACUGGGAUGAGUUAAAGUGGUCACUUCAGGGUUUUGACAACUUUGCGGCCUCUUUAGGGUUUUGACAACUUAGCGGCCGCUCUAGGGUUUUGACAGUUUAGCGGCCACUUUAGGGUUUUGACGUUUCGGUGGCCACUUUGGGGUUUUGACUUUUUAGGAUUAACCUCUUUAAAAGCCACUAUAGUUCUAUUUUUACUGGAAAAAGUUGAAGUGGUCACUUUAGGGUUUUGGAGUUUCAGGGAUCCCUUUUAGUAGUUGAAUUAGUGGCCACUUAAGUGGCUCAAUUUUAGUGGCCUCUCUAGAAGUCCUGCUAGUUCUCCUAGACCCCUAAAACUACUACAGUGGCUCUUCUAGAGGUGAUUAAAGUGGCCCCUUCAGUGCCCUCCCCAAGUAGUCCUUGAGGAACCUCUUGAGUGGCCACUAGAUUUUUUUCCAGUAGAUCAUUCCAAGAUAAAGUUGAUUGAACCAGUUAUGGUUCAUAGACCCCUAUAGUGGCCUCUGAACUUUUCAAUGGUUCUUAUAAAGAGACCACUUGAGGGAUCACUAGUUUGACUACUAUAGUGGCCCCUUAAGCUUCAAAACUCUUAAGUGGCCACUCAAAAUUUCCGCAGUCGAGCAGGAAAAAAGAGUAGAGGACCGGUGAAUAUCACAUAAAAAAAAUGCAAUUUUUAAAUAAUUUUACUGUUUCAUACUAAGUUUUCGAUCAUGGAACAAAAUGACCUCGUUUAGGAAAGUCUGAACUGCGACCUGGACCCCGAAACGAAAGCUUUUUCGAAUUUGAGCUUGACCUUCUUCCUGAAACUCGUCACCUGUUCCAUGGAGACUUUGAGGCUUCUGGUCACCCAGAAUCUCAGUCUAGGUUUAGUUGUUCUCAUGAGAGAAGGUUCUUCGAGUUAGGACCCUUUUCUCGAUGACUAUCAGCUAUACGGAUGUUUUUGCCAUUUAGUAUAGUUUUGAGACCUUAAAGCCCGAAAAAAAUUAAUUUUCGGGGAAUUUUUUGAACCAUGAAGCUCCAUAGUCUCAUAGUAAUUGGCCGUUCUGACUUCUAGGGAAUCCCUGGGCUUCGAAAGAAAAUCCGGAAGAUUAUUGUGAGAAAUAUUGAGGACUUAGGAACUCAUAUUGAAGCUUCAGUCAGGUCGAUGAUUUUUCCUAUCAAGUUGAGAGAAAUAUCAGAUUUUUAAAUAUUUUUUUGAACAUUUUUGAAUUUUUUUUAGAAUUUUUUUGACUUCUAGAGCUUUGAUGAUUUUUUUCCUAUCAAGUUGAUUUUUUUGAAAGAUUUCACAUUUUUUUGAUGCUUUUUAGAACUUUUUGACGUCUUAAAGUUAGAUUUUUUUCUUUCUCGGGAAUCUCAGAAAUUCAUAAAAAUCCGGCCGUUUUUUUACCAAAAAAAUCCGUGAGCUCUGAAAAAAAGUUGAAUUUUUUUGAGAUAGAUUGUAGACUUUUUAAACAUUAUCACUCCACUAAAAGGCAGAUUUUGUAGUUUUUAAAAAAUUUAACGUUUUUUGAAGUAUUUCUCAGCCAUUUUUCAUCAAAAAAAUCAAGCAGAAAUUCAUCUUUUUUCUUUUUUUUAAUAUUCAGAAUCUGCAAGCUUUGCAAAUUUCCAGCAAAUUUCAGAAUUAUCCAUGAAAAAAAUGCAAAAAAAUAAAGAUCUUCAGUGACACCUCAAAACUUGGUUCGGGCUGUCCGACAAGUUCUAUCAGUGGACCAGUCGAUCGUCCUCGCCAACCAGCCGUCUUAUAAAGAUUUCCUACAAAAAGUCGUCGAAGUCAUCGACGCCAACACCCACGGAACCGUCUUCGAAACCCUCGUCCGAUUCGUCUUCGACCAGGAUGUUUAUAAAGGUUGGAUAUUUGGUUUGAAAUGAGCGUUGCCUACUGAAGAAGAAUCCUUGUUCGGGUGUUUGAAAAAGCGGAAGCUUCGUAUGACUCACAAUUGAACUGAAAAAUGGCUUUUCGUCUGCUAUUUCAAACUUUCCGACGGGAAUUUUCGGACGGUUGCCGUAGAACUUUUCGUGACUUCAAAAUGAAAUUGUGAAGCUGAUUCUUCUAUUUUUUUUUCGAGGAAAAAUGAACUCUUUUCAAGCGUUUUCGGCUUCAAGAUUAUCUUUUUUCUGUGGUUUCAAGAAAAUCUUUUCAGCUUCAGAAUAAAUUUUCCAGGCUUCAACAGAUCGGAACGGGAUAUUGAGGAGUAUCAAUUCAUGAGAGGCGGUGCCUAUAAUGUUCUGGUGAGGAUUUGAAAUAAUAAAACGAUUUAUUCUGAGAGAUCCUCCUGAGAAUAAGGUUCAGAAAGAUAUAAAACAAUGUGAAAAAGUAUUUUUUUUGAAUGUUUUGAAAAAGCGGAGAAGAUAUAUUUUUUUCAAUUUCAAGCAACUUUGGCUGAUUUUUAAAGUUAUUAGCCCACUAUCAAUUCAUCUUAUCAGGCUCUUUUAUUCUUUAAAAAUCAUUAAGAAAAACCUUUUUUUGUUAAUCUUUCGGAAUUUAUCCAAAUUCACGCGAUUUUUCGAGAUUUCACCUGUUGAAAAAUCUUGAAAUCUGAAUAAAAUACAUUGGGGACUGUGAAAUGUCAUUAAAAACCUUAUUUUUUUAGAUUUCUAAGGGUAGAAAAAAACAUGAUUUUUUUGAGUUUUUUUCGAACAUUUAAAAUACAAUUAGUGAAAAUUUAAAACGUAAAAAAAACGCAAUUUUUUUAAAAUUUAGAACGGUAAAAAAAUAUAAUUUUUGGGUUUCUAAAACGUGAAAAAAACAUAAUUUCGUGUUUUUUUAGUACAGUAAAAAAACAAAAAUUUGAUUAUGAAAGUCAGAAUUUUGGAAUAUUAAAAAAAACAAUUUGAAAUUUUUAGAGAGAAAAAAAAUACUUUUUCGAGUUUUUUUCCGAUUAUGAAAAAGUAUAAUUUUUGCGUUUUUCCGAACAAUAAAAAAAAUAUAAUCUUUGAAACUUUACGAACAACAAAAACCUGAUUUUUGUCUUUUCAGAACAGGAAAAAUAUAAAUUUUGAGUGUUUUCGAUCAUGAAAAGCAUAGUUUUUGGAUAUUUACAACGUGAAAAACAUGAUUUUCGGGUUUUCAGAACGUUUUAAAAAUCAUACUUUUUGAAUUUUAGAUCAUGAAAAAUACGAAUUUAUGACUUUUUAGUACAUGAAAAAUAUGCUUUUUGAAUUUUUAAAACAUGAAAAAUUCGAAUUUUCAAGUUUUUAGAACUCGAUGGUCGGCCGGAUAACGAGAAUCGCCCACUCCCCGGGCACCGAUUUGUGCCCUUCCGAACACCCUUCGAUUUUGGCCUUUUCCCACGGCCCGAAACUCCAAUUUCUCAUCGAUUCCAUGUACCAAAAUACGACAAGGUACUGGAAAAUCAAAAAAAUUCGGAGAAAUCUUAAAAUUUUACAGUUCCACCCUGUUGAUACGACAUUUACACGCGGUCGCCAUCGCGUUUGGCGAAAUGAAAGCGGCGGAAAUCGUCUUGAGAAUUCUGAUGACGACUCCGGAGGACAAACCACAAUUUGUGGGUUCUUUUCAGAGGGGAUUGUAGGGAAAUGUGUCGCGAAAAGCUAUUUUUUGAUUUUUAUUGACCUUCAAUCAAUAAUAUCCCAGUUUGUGAUGAGUUUGGCUCAAUUAUUAUGAAAACAUACGGUUGAGAAAAUUUUGUUCAGAGAUAUUUUAACAAAAAAUUGAUUUUUGGAAAAUUAAGAGCAGUAUCUUGGUUUCUUCGACCCUUUAAAGAUUUAAAAGAACUCAAAAGUUACUUCAGAAAAAAAACGUUGCAGCCUAAUACACACAAAAUCACACUUGAGAACCCUAGAGUGGCCCCCAGAGAGCUUAGGGAAAGACAGUGCCCCUAUAGGGCUAACGCUCAUUCCGUCCCUAUAGGGGAUCAGGUCCCCUAAAAAUUAAGUGGCACCUAUAGGGGUCCAGUGUUGUUCUGGUUGACUGGUAUUCUUGCGAAAAAGUUCCAUCCGUGGUGUUGAACGUGUUAUAGCAUAAUUGUGGUCUUAUUAUCCUUUUUGCCUUGCCAGGGCAAAAAAAGACCGCCCAUUCUGUUAGCAGAAGCAAGCCGAAUUGCGUGACCGGUGUACCGUUAGCCGCCAUUUAUGACGUUGCCUCCCCAUCAACGCGUAGAGGUGGUACUUGAAGGGGACACUGGAUGACCGAUUGCAUAAGAUCUUCUGGAAAACGUGUGGUCCACGCUUCGAUCAAUAAAAGGCACUAAAAGGCAAUAAAAGGUCGAAAGCGAAGAUGGACCAUCUAAGUAGUAGUAGUAAGUAUAGGGGUCCUAAUUUAAUUUGAAACUGAAAAAGACCUAUAGGGACCACUAGCAUGCUCCCCUAGAGUGCCCAUUUUUUAAAGCUGUAGUGACCCUUGAAGGGGGAGAUGGGGGUCCCCAGACCUCUAAGGUCCGGGAAAGUUUGGAAAUUUGUCCCCUAACCCCUCUAGGGACCACUCUGGCGUUUUUAAGAUAAGCAGCUGGUUUUUUGGUGAGAAAAAAAGUUCGGAAUUCUUUGGUUUUUUCGUCAAAAAUCUGAUUAUUUUCCCAUCCUUCGUUAUUCUGAAGUUUUUAAGGUCGAAAAUUGCCGUUUUAUAUGAAUUUUCUACGAUUUUCAAGCCAUGUAGGAAGUUUUUUUUCCAACUUGAAGAUAGGAAAAUUUUAUUUAGCAUAAAUUUCAGUUUCUGAAUCUCAAAAUUUUUGGAAAAAAAAAUUUUAUUCGUCAAAAAUAGUGAAAAAUUAUUUGCGUUUUUUUAAGAUUUUUUUCGUGAAUUCCUCGAAAUUUGGAACUUUUUUUGUAACCUUUCUGUUCUUUUUUUAGGCUUUUCAGGGAUAUCUGAACAUUUUUUGAACCUCUUUGAAAAGUAUUUCCUUUUCCAGCUCUACCUGUUCACGGCGUUCCUCACCUCGACGGCCAAAUUUUUCCCGAAUAUCAUGGAAAUAUUCUACAAGGAAAUGUUCGCCUUGAAAAUGAUGGUCGAAAAUGAUAUGGACCUAGGUUUUUCAAAAGAAAAAUGGUAUAAAUCCACUCAAAAAUGUCAUUUUAAAGCUCCCGAAGGCCAAAACGAAAUGCGAGCGAAUUUGGCCCGAAAUGUCCGAAUUUUACUGGACUGGGAAUCGAUGGCCGACGAUUUUCAUCCAAUCACCUUCUUGGGGGUUUUUUUAGAAAAUCAAUAAAAAUUAGAAAAAAAUAAAUAUUUUUUUAGACUUUACCCAAAGGGAACACCUGGGAACGGCUUUAUCGACGAUUUUUCCAAGAUUUGAUCGAUUUGGCGACGGAUUUUGAUCGAUGUUGGUGGUUUGAAAUGCGGAAAAUUUUCUUUUUUAGAGCUUUGAUGUUCAAAAAAAGCAUUGGAAAAAUUGAAAAUUAGUAGAAAUAUGGGAAUUUGAGGUGAAAUCGAGCAUUUUUGUAAUUGGAUAAUUUUUUUUUUCAAUUUUACGAUUAUUGAUCGAUGGAAAAAUGAGUUUUGAACCUAUUUUGGAGCUAUUUUUCACGAAGUUAUUGGAUUUUAAGACAAAAAAGAAAUUAGUGAAGCUGAUUUGAGAAGAAAACCCCGGAAAAAGUUCCUUUAGUGGACGAAAUAGGGACCCCUAGAGGGCUCAAGGGUCCAGAAAAUUUGAAUCGAAGCCAAAAUUCUUCUUCUUAGGAGCUCCAGAGUGGUCCCUAGAGGUGCUAGGCAAGAAAACGGUCCCUAUAGGGAAUGGAAUAUAGAGUUCCCUAAAGGGCUGAAACUUAGGUGGUCCAUACAGGAAAAAAAACCUGAUUCCUGAGCCCCUAAAGCUUGAGUGGUCCCUUCAGGGGUUUUUAAACUUUUUUUUUUCUGGUUUGAGAGUUGGAUGGACGUACUAGGAUGCUCCUCUAGAGUUUGCAAGUUUUAGUGCCCCCUAUAGGAGGAGGUAUAGUGGUCCCUAGAGGGGAAAGGUACAGGAGCCCCUCUAGGGACCACUAUAGCGUUUCUAAGUGAUUGAUUAUAGUUCCUUUCCUGAUUUUCAUCCAUCGGAAAAAGUUAAUAAUUGAGGAAUUGCCUUUUUUGAUUGAAAAGUUCUCAUUCAACUUAUUUUUAAACCCAGAUAAAGGAGAAUCAAUAAGUGGUCCCUCUAGUGACCACUCUUGCACUCUGAAGUAUUCGAGUACAUUUUUUUAUCGAUCGCAAAAAAAUGAGAAAUUUUUGAUAGAAAAUGUCGUGAAAAGUAAGAAAUGAAUAAAAUAUGCUUAAAAACUUGUUAAGAGAUUUUUUUUUCAUCUUUUUAAGGUCUGAAAAAUUAAUUUCUUCCUUCAGAAAGACAAAAAGAAGUUCCUUAUCUUCUUGAUUUCAGAGCAAAAUGGUCCCAAAAGCGUUGGAAGUUUUCCGGCUCGGCUAUCGGUUAAUAUCGGCCGUUUUUGCCAUAAACUCGCCAAAACCUAAAUAUGUCAGUAAUAAAUUGUUUCUCUCUCUGUUCUUUUUUCGUAUUUUCCCACUACAAUCCUCAUUUUCAGCACCGGAAAGUCCUCAUGGAGAUCUCAGUUUUGUACCGAUUAUUGUCGAAAUUGGCAAUGUUCCUGCAGUUGGCCCUGUCCGUGAUUGGAAGAGGUGAGUUUUUAGUGGGGGGGAUGGGGGAAGGGGGGAAUAUUUAGGGCCCACAAAUAACCCUAGAAGUGGGAGUUCAUACUUAAGAACUACAGAGUGGUCCCUAUAUGGGUUAGGAGAAAAACAUACCAUACUUAUGAAUUCUAGAGUGGUCCCUAUAGGGGUUAGGGAAAAGACAGAACCUACAUAGGUAUUCUAGAGUGGCCCCUGAAGGGAUUUAGGGAGAAAAAAGUCCCUAUAUAUGACGAGAAAGUGAUCUCUAAAGGGGUAAAAAUGAGGUGGUCACUGUAGGGGUUUGGGGUCUGAGCCCUUAUCCCCUUAUGAUCAAGUGGUCCCUAUAGGGGUUAGAGAAAAAAACAGGCAAUACUUAGGACAUGUAAAGUGGUCUUUAUAGUGGUUCGAAAAAAAAACAGGUCCCACUUAGUAAUCCUAGAGUGAUCCCAAUAGGAGUUAGGAAAAAAAAAACAGACCCUACAUAGGAAUUUUAGAGUGGCCCCUGCAGGGGUUAAGGGGAGGAACAGACCCUACAAAGGAGUUCUAGAGAGGCCUCCAUAGGGGUUAGGGGAAAAACAGCCCCUAUAGGAGAGUAGUCCUUAUAGGAGUUUAGGGUGUGACCCGUUAGCCCCUAACGAUCAAGUGGUCCCUAUGGGGGUUAGGGAGAAAAACAGGUCCUACUUAGUAAUUUGAGAGUGAUCCCUAUAGGGGUCAGGAAAAAAAAAAACAGACCCUACCUAGGACAUCUAGAGUGACCCCUAUAAGGGUUAAGGGAAAGCAGCUCUUACUUACGAAUUCUAGAGUGAUCCCUAUAGAGGUUAGGGUAAACAACAGGCUCUUUUUAGGAAUUCCAGAGCGGUCCCUGAAGGGGUUAGGGGAGGAAAAAGACCAUAUAGGUGACGAGAAAGUGAUACCUAAAGAGGUAAAAUUGAGGUGGUCAAUAUACGGGUUCAAGUUCUGAGCCCCUAGCCCCUAAAGCUCAAAUGGUCCCUGUAGAAGAAAAACAGUCCCUAGAAGGUACGAUAAAGUGGUCCGUAUAGGGGUUUAGGAUCUGACUUCUCAGUCCCUGAAGCUCGAGUGGUCUAUGUAGGAGUCAGGGGGGAAACAGGCUUCAAUUAGGAAUAUUAGAGUGGUCUCUUUGGGGCUGAAAGAAGAAACAGCCCCUAUAGCGGACCGAAAAAUUCUCCUGAGUGGAGUAAAGUUUAGGAGGUCCCUACAGAGGUUAAGGGAUUUGUCUCAAAGCCCCCAGAGCUGAAGUUGUUAUUUCUAUUCAGAGUGGUCUUCAUAGGGACAACCUUAAGGACCUUUGAAGGUUCCCCUUCAGCAGAUCUAUAAUUUUAGAGGAAAUAACUUUUUCUAGAAUUUUCGUCAUACUCGGGCAAAGUAGGAAUUUUGGUAAAUGGCUGCUAAAAGGCUCAAAAAAGGUCGCAUAAAGGCUGCAAAAAGAGUCCCUUUACCGAGCCUUCCAUUUUUUCUAGAACGAAAAUCUAAAAAAAAUAGUGGAAAAAAGAGAGGCUGCAAAAAAUGGUGCACAAAAGCCGAUGGAAGGGCGCAAAAUGGCAGCAAAAAAAGAAUAUUUCCCUUUCCCACCCUUCUCCACUUUGCCUAUGUCGGAGUUUUCCGAAAAAUAGGAGAUAUUUCCUUUUCUAGAACACGACCAAGGGAUCUGCGUUUUCGAAGAGACCCGAUCGGCCAUUUUGAUUUUUCUAUACGGAAAUCAUCUACACCAGCAAAUGCUCCCAUUUGUUCCGUUAUUUAUCGAACUUUUCGUCAGUUUAUGCUUCCAGGUUCGUUUUUAACAAAUCUAAAAAAAUAGUAUAGAGGAGUUUUAGAACGCCCACAGCCUUUUCGGGGAAACGGUCGAUUUACGGGCCGAACAUUUGGACGAUAUCCCGGCGAAUUUGACCAAAAAUGACGAGUUUAAGCAACUUGAGGUGAGGGAAAAAGAAAAAAAUCGUUCAAAAUGAUUUUUUUGGCUUGAGAAGUUUGAAGUUUGAGGGCUUAAAAUAAUUUUCAAGCUUUGCAGGUCUGAAAAAAAUUUUCUGAAAAACUUUGAAGGCGAUAAAUUUGCUGAAAUAGAUUAUAAUGAUAAUUUUAAUAAUUUCCCAUGAAAACUAGAAUUUUAGCGAAUUUCAUGGUUUAAUCUUAGUUUAAAAAAAUAUUUUUGAGCCAAAAUUCGAAUUUUUUUCAAGAAAAGAAGCCUUUUUUUGUCGAUUUUUUUCGUUCUCCAAGGAUUUUUUUCUGUAAUUUUUGAAGAAGUUUUUCGAUUUUAAUAUGGUUUUAGAUGCCCUGGAAACUGAUAAAAAAAUCACUUUUUUUCUCUAUUCAGAGAUUUUUAAUGAAAGAGAAAAUGUUCAAAGUCUCGCGGAAUCUGAAUUUUUUUACCUAUUUUUUUGAAUUUUUAAUUACUCUUCAUGUUCUUUAAAAAAAUAACGAGGGUAAAAAGGUCUUUAGAUUUUUUAGGGACCCCUUUUAGGGGUUUUUGUCCGAUUUUUCAAUAAGAUCCUUGUUAAGAAUUUAAUAGAAUUUUUUUCAUUUUUUUACAAGAACUUUGAGGAUAAUUUAGUAAUAAUCAAUUUUUCACAUUAUAUUCCACCUCAGGAAGGCCCCUCGACGAUCGCGGCCCUCAGAAAACUUCGUCUGAACGAUUCGGCAGCAAAAAUGGCGCAUAGUGGUACUCUGACGGCUAGAAACGGACGUCUAAAGAGGAAAUUCGACGGCGUUGACGAAGAGUCGGCCGAGGAGAUCGCUAUGGUUUCCAUUUUUCAGAAUUUUCGUUCUUCAUUUGUUGGAAAUUCGUUUUUUCGCGACCUGAAAUGGGGUGCGAAACGGUUGUGACGCGGUUUUGGCUCGCGGAGCGGUCGCGUCGCGGUUUCGGCGUGCGAAGCGGUUCGCGACGCGGUUUUGGCGCUAAUUUCAAAUUCAUGGAAUAUAAAUGCCAAAGCACUUCCUUUGAAGGCAUGUGAAAAAAGAAAAAGUAAGAUAAACCCCCCAGGAAUUUUUUAAUUUGCGCCGAAAGAAACGUAGAAACGUCAGAGUGGUCCCUUUAGGGGUUAAGGAAAAACAGACCCUACAGAGGAAGAAAUAGUCCUUCCUAAAAAGAGGGAACAUUUAGGUGAUCCCUAUAGGGGUUUAGAGCCUGGUCCCUAAGUUAAUGAAGCUUAAGUGGUCCCUGUAGGGGUCAGCCCAUGAUAAAAUUCUAUCGAUUAAUAUUUUAUUCGAAAUCCCGUGGAAAUGCUUCUGCACAUAGAGUUCAUAGCAAUAAACGACUGAUAUGCGCCCCUAGAGAGGCCUCUUUUGCAAACUUUGGGGUCCCCUUUAGAGGUUAGGGUGUCUCUAUAAGGGAACCUUAAAGAGCACUUAAGGUAUCCCCUUUAGGGGCCACUCUGGCGUCCUUAAGCACGGUCAUUGAGAGCCGUGAAAAGCUCUUUAGAGCCUUGAAAAAUCGAUUGAUUUGAGGAGGAUGAACGACAAAGGCUUUGUGUUCUGUUGGACGCCCUGAGGACGAUGUGUAAGACUGGAAGUAUCGAGACUCAACUCACAAAUGGAAAGCAAUUGGUAAGGAGAAUUAUUUUUUUAUGAAAAAAAGUAGAAGAAAAAAAUGAUACGUUAUAAUGGGAAUAAAUACACAUUUUCUUUCAUUUUUUUCAGGAAAUAUUUCUGUAACAUAGGGUAGGAUAAAAUUAUAAAAAAAAAAAAUCAAAAGUUGAAAAGAAAGUUGCGGUUAAAAUUUUACAGAUUCUAUGCUCCAUGGAGAAGUUGAAAAAGUUGAAAAUGAGCCGCGAAAAAUAGCCCUUUUUUGAGAAUGUAUGCUCAAUGGAGAAAUUAAAUUUUCUUGUCUUUCAAAAUGUAAAAGUUCAGCUCCAAGCUCCAGGUCCAACUUUUUUUAUCCGUGGAGCGCAUAAACUUGUUUUUAAAGACUCUUUUCUCGAAUUUCCAUUCAAACUUGGCAUUUUUGUGAGAUGAAUUUUCAAAUCAGCCAAGCGGACAAAAAAAAUAAGAAAAAUUUUUUUCAUUUAAAAAAACUGCGGCAAAAAAAUGUUCCAGCUUCUAUGCUCCAUGGAUAAUUUGAAAAAAAUUGAAAAUGAGCCGCAGAAAAAGAGUUGACUUUCGAGAAUGUGUGCUCCAUGGCGAAAAAAUUUUUUUGCCCGUUUCUCUGAUUUUGUUGAAGUCCGCGUUUGGAAGAAAAAUAACUUCUGAUUUUUCAAGAAAAAUGUUCUAGUUUCUGUGCUCCAUGGAUAAAUUGAAAAAAUGUAAGCCGAUGUUUUUUGAGAAUGUGUGCUCCAUCGCGAAUUCAAUUUUUUGCGCCUUUUUCUGAUCUUAUCGGCCCACACGUUUCGAAUCAAAGGAGUACUUCAAAUAUUUGUCUUUGAUUUAUCCGUGGAGCGCAUAAACAUUUUUUUUGCGAGGCUAUUUUUUCCAAGUUCUUUUUUGAAUUGUGCAGUUUUUGUGGGACGCUUUUGCCAAGAAAACAAAAAAAGGAUCAUUUUUCGAUUUUCCAGGCCCUUCUCCUAACAGAAAACCUGACGAAAAACGCCGUCGUCGGCGAUUAUAAAUUUGGUGAUUGGGAUGAUGAAUCGGAGAUUAUUUCCAGGUACCUUUGAAGAAAAAAAGAUUACCUGGAAAAUUGAUAAUUACAGGUACAUCGAGGUGAAUGGCCGGAUCGACGCGAGUCCCCUUUGCGACGGACUUUUGAGAAUUCUCUCCGAGACCCGUUGUUAUCCCUACUGUAUGCCAUUGGUUAAGGCCCAAUUGGCCCAAGUUAUGAAAGACGCUGAGGUGAUUCUUGAGGGCAAAUCUUGAAAAAAAGAUCCCGGUAGGGCAAAAACUUAGGUGGUCCCUAAAGGGGCUUAUGGUCCAUGUUCCUAAAGCUCAAUGGUCCCUGUGGGGGUUAGAGAAAAACAGCCUCUGUAGGGGACGAAAAAGUGAUUCCUAUAGGGGUAAAGAUUAGGUGGUCCCUAUAGGAUCUUCCUUCUUUACCCAUGGGAACGCUUCUCCUUCUGCAACAAUAAUUGAAUAGCAUGUCCCCUAUAGGGGUCACUUUUGCAAGGUUUAGUGGUCCCUAUAGGGGAUGGUAAAGUGAUCCCUCGAGGGAAUCUUCAAGGGUCCCUAAGAUCGCCCCUCUAGGGACCUCUCUGGUGUUCCAUGAGUUAAAAAAUAGAAAUCCAACGGUAUCCGUUACAUUAUCAUUCGGAAACGUCAGAAAUCGUGUGGUUUUUACAGAAGUUCGCUAUGAUUUUUAAAGGAGCAUGGUCAGAGAAGCCAUAAAGGUCUCGAGGCGAAGAGCUCUUUUUGAUGUUAUUUUCGGAUUUUUAUGUUAGAAAUCGAAUAUUUCCUUUUGUAAAGGCGAAUCGAGUAGAAAUCCAACAAUUAACAUCAAUUUGAAAGUUUACUAACGUUUUUAAAGGAGCAUAGUCAAGUGUUAUAAAGGUCUCGAGGCGAAUUGCUCUUUUUAGUGGUUUUUACUGCGACUUGGCCGUUUCAAGCCGCGUAAAGUUAGUUAUAUGAUCUAAUUCGAAAAUGCAGAUAGCGCCGGAGGGGGCAAGAAUGUCGGAAGAGAGCCGACAAAGGCUCCACCGUUGGGUAAUGUUGGCGGCGCGUGGCGGGCUCCUGCAUGAGAGGUUCAUCUACAUCUGCGACCUCGAGCAGUUCGCCACCGCCUACGAGACUUUCCUGCUUCUCGGCGAGAUCUGGAGAUAUAUUCAGGUUCGGGAAACUCGACUCGAAAAAUCCUAAAGGGAUUACUAUGACUCAAAAAACCCUAGAGGGCUCACUAUGACUCAAAAAACCCUAGAGGGCUCAGUAAGACUCAAAAAACCCUAGAGGGCUCAGUAAGACUCAAAAAACCCUAGAGGGCUCACUAAGACUCAAAAAAAACCCUAGAGGGCUCACUAUGACUCAAAAAAAGCCCUAGAGGGCUCAGUAAGACUCAAAAAACCCUAGAGGGCUCAGUAAGACUCAAAAAACCCUAGAGGGCUCACUAAGACUCAAAAAAAACCCUAGAGGGCUCACUAUGACUCAAAAAACCCUAGAGGGCUCAGUAAGACUCAAAAAAAACCCUAGAGGGCUCAGUAAGACUCAAAAAACCCUAGAGGGCUCACUAAGACUCAAAAAAAACCCUAGAGGGCUCACUAAGACUCAAAAAACCCUAGAGGGCUCAGUAAGACUCAAAAAACUCUAGAGGGCUCAGUAAGACUCAAAAAACCCUAGAGGGCUCAGUCAGACUCAAAAAACCCUAGAGGGCUCACUAAGACUCAAAAAAACCCUAGAGGGCUCACUAUGACUUAAAAACCCCUAAAGGGCUCACUAUGACCUGAAAAUUUUGGAAAGUAGAUGAAAAUGUCAAAUUUCUCCUUGAGAUUUGGAGAUAUGGUCAAGUUAGGGAAACUCAGCCUAGAAAACCCUAAAAAAGUAAAGAUUCUUCUUGAGGAUGUAGAUUAUUUUAUUACAGAAAAAAGGCCUUUUAUUGCCGACAAUCGACACCUACCAUGAAGACCUGAUGAACGGCGUUGACACCUUGAUACCUGUGAGUUUUUUUAAGAAAAAAAAUGAGAAAAAACCAAAAAAUCCUGAUUUAGCAUUAGAGCGCAUUUGCUUUCGAUCAUGUUGAGUCUUGCAGCGAAAAAUAAGCAUGUAAAAACGGAGGGCGCAGAGAAACAUUUUUCUGUGGGACGUUCUCCUCAUUUCCCAUACUCUCUUUUUUUUUUUGAAUUCUAGCUUUUUGAUAGAAGGUAGAGAGUAUGGAAAAAGGGUAGACGCAGAGAAAUGUUGACUACCUGUUGUCAUUUACAGACGGCCAGGACUCGAAUCUUCCGCUAGAUUUAGAGAGCGUGUAAAACGAAGAGGGCGUAGAGAAAUGUUUCGCUGUAUGGCUUCUCCCAAUUUUCUGUGCUCUCUAGUAUUUUUUAAAGAGUGGUUGAUUUAGCUUCUAGCUUCCAUGAACAGAAGUUAGAGAGUAUGGGAAAAAAAUGGAGAAUUUGCUGUCUAAUUCUCCAUUUUGUUCAUGCUCUCUAGCUCCCCCUCUCUCUAGAAUCUCUAGCAUCACUAACUUCUUUUUAAAAUAGUUUCCAAGAAAAAAAUGAAUUUCUUUUUUUCAGUUGGAAAUUGAGUCGAUGGACAGCUUUUUUUCGAGAUCUAUCGAUUGA